AUGAUGAAGGAAAAGAAACAGGUUGAGGCAGAGAAGACUCCUUCCCUGGCAGCGACUCAGAGUGAACGGAGCGAAGAGAAAACGUUUGCUAACCAGGAUAUUCUGCCGAAAUUGAAAAAGAUUGACUGCGAAGAGCCGAGCCAACUGACAAUCAACGACAAGUUUUUGAAAAGAUGGGCUGUACAGGGCAUGAUUGGGAAAGGCGGAUACGGAGAAAUCUAUCUGGCGGUUGAUGUGGUGAGAGGAGAAGAAGUGGCGAUCAAGGUGGAGCCGAAGAAAAGAAAAGGAAAACUGGCUAAGCGGAUGAUUCUCGAGCAGCACGUGCUGUUCAAAAUGCAGGGGAAGCCCCACGUGCCUUUGAUUUACGGCUCCGGAUAUACGGAGAAACUGAACUUUAUCAGUAAGUUUGGGGAGCUGGGUACAAGGCAAAUGAAGUCUGUUUUCAGUUAUGCAAAUUCUGAGCAUCAACGUCGGAGACAUGAAAAAGAGCAGCGUGAACAAAAGACUGAGCAAGUGCACAACCGGACGGAUCAUCCAUCAAGUCCUCUCCGCUUUGCGCGAUCUUCACGAAACGGGAUAUGUGCAUCGGGAUGUGAAACCAGCGAACAUGUGCUUCGGAGUAUAUCCGCAGGUAUCAGAAUAGAACCGCGAAUUGCUGCUGAAUUUUAGAAUCCAGACAUGCCACACUUUGAUUCUUCUGGAUUUCGGUCUGGUUCGGAGAUACAAGACGGAGACCGGCGAGUGGAGGGAACCGAGACUUCGGGCCGGGUUCAGAGGAACCACUCGCUACGUCUCGAUCCGAGUACAUCGCCGAUGCGAACAGGCUCCGUACGAUGACAUUGCUUCGGUGAUGUACACUUCGUACGAGCUUCUGGCCGGGGAACUGCCGUGGAAGCAUUUGGAGAAGUCGGAGGAGGUGCUUCAGUUGAAAGAGACAAUGGUCAGAAAGCGAGUUGUUUCCUUCAUUCAUCCUCGUUUGUUUGCAGACAGAGAAUGGGGUCAACCCGGAAAUGUUUAAAGGAACCAACAAUCUGCUCGUCGACUUUUUCAAAUUGUGCUCGGAGAUGGACCCGGCGAAAGAGCCGUGCUAUGAUAAACUGAUCGAAUGCAUCAAAGUGCUCUACUUUCCGAAAACAUUGACGGAUUCCUAUGAUUGGGAGGAAGAUCACAAGUCUGAGGAUCUUUCGGAAGAGAAUGCGAAAUGA